AUCAAACUAGCUAGCUAGUAGUCCAUAUAUUCAUACAAGCGGCAGCAACCUAGCCACAGCCAGCAAGCAAGAGCUUCUGAAAGGAGAUAGAAGCUGAGGGAGAGAAAAAGAGAGGAGAAGAGCCAGCAGGCUUGCAAAAGUGAGAGAGUGAUAGGGUGAGAGUCAUCAUGCAGUUCGCCACAGGGGCGAUGAGCUCUCUCCUCCCCAAGCUGGGAGAGCUGCUCGUAGAGGAGUACAAGCUGAAGAAGAGUGUGAAGAAGGGGAUUGAAGAACUCAAGGCCGAGCUCGAGAGCAUGCAAGCAGCCCUCAUCAAGGUGUCCAGCGUGCCUCUAGAUCAACUCGACCCGCAGGUCAAGAUUUGGGCCAAUGAGGUCAGGGAGUUGUCCUACGCCAUCGAGGACAGCCUCGACUCAUUCGUGACCCGCGUCGAGGGUAAUGAGCCAACCAAGCCCAAAAUCAAGCACUUGCUCAAGAAGGCCCGCAAUGAGUUCAGCAAGUUCAAGGCACGCCAUGAAAUAGCCAAUGACAUCAAAGACAUUCAGAGCCAAGUUAGGAAGAUCAAGGAACGGCGCGACAGUUACAAGAUAGACGAUGUUGAUGCAAAUCCUGCAGCAACUACAGUUGACCCUCGUCUCCCAGCUCUAUACAAAAAGUUGUCUGACCUGGUGGGUAUUGAUAAGCCAAUUAAUGAGCUGAUAAAGAUCCUGUCCGAGGGGGUUCCCAUGCCUGAUAAAAAUCCCAAGAUAGUCUCUAUUGUUGGAUUUGGAGGACUGGGAAAGACAACCCUUGCAAAAGCAUUGUAUGACAAGCUUAGCACAAAAUAUCAACGAGUUACAACAUAUCAGUGUCAUGGUUUUGUUCCAGUGGGUCAGAACCCAAAGGCAAAGAAAGUUCUUCUGGAUAUAGUCUGUGAACUUGACAAGGAGUUGUACAAAGCUGCAACAACAAUGGAUGAAAGGCAGCUGAUCAACGAGUUGCAGACGUUCCUUGCAGGCAAGAGGUACUUUAUUGUUAUUGAUGACAUAUGGGAUACACAAAUAUGGGAAACGAUUAAGUGUGCUUUCAUGGAUAGUCAUCCGGAAAGUAGAUUAAUCAUAACUACCCGUAUUGUUGAUGUUGCCACCAAAGCUGGUGGUAUCUACCACAUGCAACCACUUUCUGAUGAUUACUCCAAAAUAUUAUUCUAUACAAGAACAUCUGGUAGUGAAGGACCUGCUGAAGUGACUACCAAAAUUUUAAAGAAAUGUGGUGGUGUGCCAUUAGCUAUCACUACAAUAGCUAGCUUGCUUGUUGGUAAACACACUGAGGACUGGUCUAAGGUGUAUGAUGCCAUUGGUUUUGGGCAUGCAGACAAUGGAGAUGUUCAUAACACAAGAAAGAUAUUAUCUUUUAGCUAUUAUGAUCUGUCGUCCAAUCUUAAGACAUGUUUAUUGUAUCUUAGUGUGUUUCCUGAAGAUUAUUUAAUUAAUAAAAUAUCACUGAUAUGGAGGUGGGUUGCCGAAGGAUUUAUACCAUAUGGAGAAGGGAUGGAACCAUUUGAACUUGGAGAGAUCUAUUUCAACAAGCUUGUAAACAAGAGCAUGAUACGGUGGAUAGAUCCUGAAGAUAAUGAUGGCCGAGGUGGUUGCCGUGUCCAUGACAUGGUGCUCGAUCUCAUCCGCACCAUAUCAAAUGAUGUAAAUUUUGUUACAAUACAUGAUAUGGAGCAGCAUGGCACAUGUUCACGAGGAGAACGAACCAACUGGGUUCGCAGAUUAGCAGUUCAUGGAAGUGGGGAACACAACUCUGGCAUUGAAAUGGAGCAUGUAAGGUCAUAUAAUGUUGUAGACUGCCGUGCCAAUAGUAUGCCCCUGCUUUUGAGCUUUAAAGUAUUGCGUGUGCUAGUUAUUGAGGACUGUGUUCUUUCGGAAGGUAGUAGUCUUGAGCAUCUUGGUAAGUUGGUGCAGCUGAGGUACCUGGGGCUAGUGAAGACAGCGGUCAAGAUCCCUGAAGGAAUAGGGCAUGAUCUGAAGUUUCUUGAGAUAUUGGAUGUAAGGGGAGGUUUGAUAAGUGAGCUGCCGCCAUCUGUUGGUGAGCUAAUGAAUUUGAGGUGCCUGUGGGCUGAUGAAGGUACAGUGAUGAAAGGCGAGAUAGGGAAACUGACAUGCCUUGAAGAACUGGAGCUAUAUUCGGUGCACAAGUGCCCAAACUUCUUCACAGAGGUGGGGAAGCUGACAGAGCUAAGGGUGCUGCAUAUCCAUUUCGCUGAAAUAGAGGAGUCUGCGGGCAAGGCUCUGAUGGAAUCUCUGCGCAACCUUCACAAGAUCCAUAUUCUGAGGGUCUGGGAUGAUGAUGUUGAGGCCGAGUAUUCGGUUGUCCUAAAUGAUAGCUUGGAAGACUUGGCACCCUGUACAAAGCUGUACGAGUUAAUUCUGCCUAUCAUAGUUAUACCGAGGGUGCCAUCAUGGAUCAAUCAUUUAAGUGUUCCACUCCUUUCUCGUCUAGGGCUGCAUGUGGAUGCGGUAGAAGUUCAGGAUGUUCAAACCAUCGGCAGGUUGCCGUCGCUCCUCGUCCUUCUUCUCUGGAGUAAGGAUGAAAAGAACAUAUCAUAUACUUUUGGCAGCAAUGAGUUCCACAAGCUGAGAGUCCUGUGGACGAAGAAGAUAGAGAUUGCUGUUGGAGAAGGAGCAUUGCCGAUGCUUGAAGUGCUGGAAUACCGUGCAAGCGCUGAAAGAAAGGACGCUGCCAGCUUGGUGCCGUGGAGGAGAAAUAGCUGCCCUUUGCUGAAGGAAGUCACCUGUUACCUUGACUGCACUAACUGCAGCUACAGGAAAGUAGAGGAAGCAGAGGAAGCGCUGAGGCAGGCUUCCGGCACCCGUCCCAAUGCUGUGUAUCUCGAUCUCGAGAUAGUAAAAGAGAACUACGACAAGAAGGCUGGUAAAUUCAUUGAUAAUCUCGAGUGGAUCCUACGUGGUUUGGACAGACCCGAGGAUGUGGGCCGUCCUGCAGCAUACCAGGAAGAAAGGACACGUCUGAUGAUUAGAUCACUCGAGAGAAGAUUACGUGACGAUGCGGAGCCUCGGGUGGGGUGGCACGGCGAACAAGAGAUGCGUGGCCUUGUUACCAAAUUCAAGAUUUGGCUACAUGAUCAUGCAGGCACCAACCAGGAUGAGGCGGGCAAGAGUGAUGCCACAGAUAGUGAGGACGGUGACGAUGAAGAUUAUUAUUACGGUGACCAAGCAGAGAUAAUGAAACAAAUAUUUGAUGUAGUAUCAAAGGUCUGCAUGUUCAAGCCAAUGAAUCUCUCCAUUGAGGCGCUCAAUCACAGUGAGUACCGACACUAAAUCACUCAUUAGAUUUCUAUUAUUCCGGUCACAUCGAAGCUAUUUAUUCAUUUUUUGCUCAUUAAUUCAUGUAUUCUUUGUUCUUCAAUGUUUUCUAUGAAACACUAUUUUGGACUUUUGCCACUCAUUUGUGUAAACCACUCUGCAGUACAUCUCCUCGUUGAAGGAAUCGUUUACUUGCUUUCCUGCCGGCUUGUGUUAUACUAUGUCUUAUUGUCGAAGUUCUGACUUGGUUGUGUAUCUGCUGAUAAUGAAUUACAGCAUAUAUCUAGCUUCUGGUACACAAGGAUUCGAAGGGUAUCGAAGACGCGAAGGAUAGCGAAGAUUUGGAAGAUACCAAAGGAUUAGUUUUUCUUUUUUUCGAUGGUAAUAAAUUCUAAGUUAAAAAAUUGUUAAUACUCCAAUAUUCCUCAAGUUUUCAAGCUCGUUUGUUGAGACAGAGUAUAAUAUACACUACUCUGGUACAGAAGGAGUACUACAUAUGAAAUUUUGUGUUUGCAACUAAGAAUGUUUCUCUUUCUAAAACUAAUGUACUGUAAAACUACAAUAAUUUAGCCUGUGGGUACAAAAUACUGUGGUUUUGACAUAACAAAGUAUUUUGGAGUAUUGAGAAUACUGUGGACCUUUUUAGCAAGUUUUUUAUGCUCCUACGUAUUUUGAAGUAGUUUUCAAAUGUGCGCAUUGCUAUCUAGUUUCAGACGUGCCGUAUUGCUAGGUAGCCAGAUGUUGCAAACUGAUGAACAGCCAUGCGCAGAACAAUGGCAUGCACAAGCUAGACCGGUGAAAUACUCUGGUUACUGCAGUAGUUGCGUGUGAAGAAGUAAAAAAACUGCAGGUACUGAAUUUAGAAGUCACGCUUCUCUGUGUACUGAUACCCUGCUCUUUCUACUAGUACAUACACUUCUUUUGUAAUUUGUCUGAAGCAUGCAUUCCUGUCCAGAACCCAAAUGCCAGCUUUGCCUUGUGCAUGCAUUCAACGACACCUGACCUAACUACACUCUACAUCCUUAGCUUUCAUUUGUCUGACCACUAUCUUGACAUCAGAAACAAACCAAGCUUACAUUUUUCAGAGUGUCUUUGUUAUUUUACAGAGUGGCUUCUGCAAAUGCCAUAAGAAGCAUCUAUCUGCAGAACAAGUGGAACCACAAUCCUGCAGCAGAAGCAGAUUACUCACAAUAUACAGUUCUUCUUCCCAGCAUAUACAGGUCGCAAACAGUAAUGGCUCAUUGAUGUACAGAGAGUUUUUUUUCAAAAAGGGGAAUGACCCCGGCCUCUGCAUCAUCAUGACGCGCACAACCAUUGAUGUACAGAUAGUAUAACUAGCUUCUUCUUUUUUCUGCGAGGUGUCUAACUAGCUUCUGAUCAGCUCAAAACAGGCUUGUCUUGCCUCCUCAUCGAUUUCUGAGCAUUUUCGCCUGGUUAGCCAUUGUGGUGCAUGCUUGUACUUAAUUUACAUUGUCGGUCCAUGUGAAUUGUACAGCUCUAGCUGGCCACAAGUAUUUAUCCAUAUAUGGAUGUUUUGUUUGCUAAAAGAGACUUCUGAUCUGUUGAUUUCUGCAGGCGGCGGUGAUGAGACUAUUUGCAGCAGGUAGCAAUGGAAAUAAUAGAAGUCCAUCUUGCUGGGCAUUUCCGUGUGCAGGUCCUUUCUGUUACUCCCUUAGUGCAUUCCUUAUCUGAAGCUUCCAUUCAUCUUUGAUACUUACUUCGCAGUAAACGACAGCGCCCGGGAGUCUGAACCCCUCGUUUUCAUUCAGCCUCAGCACCAACACCUACAGGCAGGCUGGUGCCGGCGCAGAAUAGGCAGCACGACGAAGGUACUUGUUCGCACAAGCCUUGAGAUGACAAUGAGCAAAACAAAGUCUGGGCUGUAGCAUACUCUGUUUUGUGCUUGUUAUCGUAAAUCUACAAGCGUGUCCGUAUGAUUUGAGUGUGCAUGAGUAUCAAAUGGACAAACAAGGCAAGUAACUGGUGCAAAAAUGCUGAAUUUGGUCAGGCAAAAUGUUUUCUUUUUGUCCAAAUAGCUAGAACUUGACGGGAAAUUAAGCUACAGCACUACAUGUUGGAAAAUGUGUUGAUAUUCAUAUUCUAUACAUCCAUUAUUGUUGAAAUCGCCCAAGGAAUGAAUCCACAGCUUUACCAAACCAGGCAACUGACAGAGGGUUCAGAACAUCAGUAGUUGAGUACAUCGCAUUGCCCUGUAGCUGCAGCAGGACGAGAUGGAACGGGAUGGUGGGAAAUGGAAAGGGAUGGUCUUACCCGGUGGGGGAUCUCCUCGGCUGUCUAUCGGAGUCCACUCAUCUGAGCUCCUGCUGCCGCCAUAGGUGAAGGUUAGGUAGAGCUGAGUGAGAGGAAACAAAUCAAUCAUUCCAGCUAGUCAGGGGUUUGUCGCGAGAGAAGAGAAGAAAUAGGGGAAGGAGAAAGGCUGAACUUGGGACAGUUCCAGGAGUCUACGACCACUGCGAGACGCUCAGGCCCAGGUGGACAAGUACCCGGGUGCUAGCCACAGAGGGUUCGACAGCAGAGCCGAAGCAGACAGUAGUUACUUGAGGUGAACGCUCCGGCAAGAGCGGGGGCGGGACCGCCGGUGCCAAAAGUACUACAUAGUCGCGCUCUUGCUCAUGUUGAUCGCUAUUCUCUUCUACAUCAUGGUUUAGAUAGAGAUGAUGAAACUUGUGUGUGUGCCAUGACCAUGCAGUUGCACUUAUUCGAGACAUGGCAUGACUUGUGUAUCGCUGUUUUAGAGAUGUGAUGAUAUUUGUGUUGAAUGAUGAUGAUGAUGAUGGUAUGA